AUGUCUUCUCGCUCUGGAACCACCCUCUAUGUUACCGGGUUCGGCCAUGGCACCCGUGCCCGCGACCUUGCCUACGAAUUCGAACGAUACGGUCGUCUUGUUCGCUGCGACAUCCCGGCUCCUCGCACUCCCUCCAGCCGACUCUUCGCAUUUGUGGAAUACGAAAGUCGUCGUGAUGCGGAUGAUGCGUACCACGAGAUGCACAACAAGCGGAUCGGUCGCGACGAUUUGCUGAAGAUCGAGUGGGCUCGCACUCCUCCCUCCGCUUCUUGGCGCUUCGACUCUGGAUCCGGCCGUGAAGCGGGCCGCGAUUCUGGCCGUGAUGCCCCCCCCCGUGGAGGCGACUACUCUCCUCGCCGAGACGAUCGUUACGAACGGGACGACCGCGCCGACCGCGACUACGACCGCCGUGACCGCGAUUCCGACCGCCGUGACCGUGACCAUGAUCGCCGUGACCGUGACCGUUCUCGCGACCGCUCCCGCAGCCCCGAUGACCGCGAACGCGAUGGCAAGGACGACCGGGAAAGACGCGACGAUGACCGCGAGCGCCGUGAAGAUGACCGUGAAAACGUUCCCAACGGUGACGACAGGAAAGGUAUCCUUUCUUCUUUCUCCCCCCUUUCCACUGCAUCGCCUCGCAAGCUCUUACUGAUUUGCAAUAAAGUACCCCUGGACCCAAUGCCCUCUGCCCAUGAUGAGCUUGAUACCGCUGAGUAG